GGCUCCUCGCCGUCGACAACCCCGUCCAGGUAUGCUCUCCUCGUCUCCAAGCCCGCCCGCGCGUCCGCCGAAAAGGACGGAUAUCAGCAAGAUCACGACGCCCUACGUGAUGCGCAAGCAAGAGAAAGCGAGGCUGAAGGAAGAGAAUGCGAAGAAGAAGCCGCUACAAGAGAAGCCCGCGAAGCCAGUCCUGCGCGAGAACGCGGCGGGGAAGAACACUGCCUUGCCGCAGCUGCCGAAGAAGAAGGAGAAGAAAGAGAAGAAGCAGCUCGAAGAUGCCGCCGGUCGCCCGGUGAUCGUGGUGGCGACGCGGGCUUCGCGCUUCCUGCCCGCGCGCGGGGUGAUGCGUAUGUGCAUGGAUGCUCAACAUUGAGUCUGCCGUUUUUUGGAGGAAGCGAUGGCGUUGGUUCAUUCGCAUUGGAGAUUGUGAUGCUGAUUCAAGUAAGGAAAUGUAGAGCUCGUAAAGGAGGAGAAGAAGACGCCCCGCCGCACGGUUGUGUCGCUGCUGGGUUCGCCGCGGCGGGCUUCGGAUUGGGAGGAUGGAGAAGAG